AGCUUGGUGCGAUAUUGUCUCAUCCUUGGCUCAGCCUCGCCAUUGUCCUACAACCCCUCGAUCCCAAACCUCAACAACACCCAGCUCGCUCGGACGAGUUGAGCUGCUCCUCCUCACUAUAUAACACUGCUCGUCCAACGGGACAAAGAAGCAUGUCCACCUGAAAUACCCCAAGAUCGACCCCAAUCCAGUCCUCUCCAUGCACAACCUCACCAUCUCCUCACCCCCACAGCCUCGCAACACCACAAACACCCUCAAAAUGGCAACUCGAGUCAACGGCGCCGUCAACGGGUCCUCCGCCGUCCCCAACGGCGUCCCCCAGCGCGAACCCACAAUCCCCAUCCUCCCCUCAUCCCCCUCCUCUACCAGCACCAACUCACUCGCCCAAAUCUCCCACGGCGGCCUCGGCCACCCCCCCUCCUUCUCCUCCCUAUCCCCCACCCCCCCGUCCCUCACCGCAUACGAGAAGCAAUACUACCCCUCCCAACCCAUCUCCCUCUCCGGCAUCGCCUCCCGCGCCUUCCUGCUGGGCGCCCUGCUCUCCUUUUCCACCGCCCUCUCUCUCGUCCUCGCCCUACAGGGUUCGCCAUUCUGGCGCCCACCGUUUUUUGCCGCGACGCUGGCGGUGUUCCAUUUCUGCGAGUUUUGGACGACGGCGAGGUAUAAUACGAAGGCAGUGCAGGUGUCAAGUUUUUUGCUGAAUCAGAAUGGGAGUGCGUAUACUAUUGCGCAUGCGGCGGCGUUGGCGGAGUCGACGGUUUCGUGUUUGCUCGCUGUGUAUCCGCCGUCGACUUUUCUUCCGGGUUUUAUGACGGCUUGGGCACUUCCUGCGCUCCCGGAGUGGGUGGGAACACUCACCCUUGCAACAGGGCUUGUUCUCGUUCCUCUCGGGCAGCUCGUGCGCAGCCUCGCUAUGGUACAGGCGGGUGGGAAUUUCAACCACAUUGUCCAAGCGCGAAAAUCCUCCUCUCACCAGCUCGUUACCUCGGGGGUAUACAGUCUCUCUCGGCAUCCGAGCUACUUCGGCUUCUUCUGGUGGGGAUUGGGCACGCAGCUUGUGCUGGGGAAUGUGGUCUGUUUUGUGGGGUAUGCCGUGGUGUUGUGGGUGUUUUUUAAGAGGAGAAUUGCUGGAGAAGAGGAAUAUCUAGUCCGAUUCUUUGGCCAGGAGUACUUCGACUACCGCAUCCGCACCGCCGUCUGGAUCCCCUUCAUACGAUGACAGGUCACGCCUCGGCCUGCCAGGCAGCGAGCAUUCCUGGACCUGGGAUUCUAACCGCAGCAGCGGGCGUGUUUUCUGGUUUUAAAGGGGGGGGGUGCUCAUACAGCGUUUUGGGUAUGCGGGUGUUGUUUUUGGAGGGGUGGAAGGGGGAAGCUUAAGGGGAC